CAGUCAGUGUACCUAACUAGUGAUCACUGGCUUACUCACUUAUUCCCUUGGUUCCUUGCAGGUUACUGAAGUUGCUUUUAAGCUAUGGGAAAAAGGUCAUAAGCUUUUGUACUGAUGAAGCAACAGGCAGGCAGAAUUGCUCAAUUGGCACACCUGCUUGGCUGCAGCCGACAAGCUAUUAUCCUAUCAACAACGCUGGUGGUUGAGAGGACGGCUCGGAUCAACCGCUACAGUAAUGCACAGGUGCAAAUCAAUCUUGGCUGCUCUCCGGCGAGCGAGAUGGUGGUGGUGGUGGUGAGCCACGUCAUGGCGCUGCUGUCGUCGGCGCUGUCCGGCGGCGUGGCGGCGGGGAAGGGUGGCGGUGGAGGUGACGACGGAGGGGGAGGGGGAGGGCAGUGCCGGUGCUGGCGGGAUGACGGCGGUGGCGGGCAGCAGUCGUCGUCGGCAGCGACGGCGGCGGGGUGCUGCGUGUGCAUAUCGAGGUUCAUGGAAGGGGAGGAGGUGCGGAGGCUGCCGUGCGGGCACGCGUUCCACCGGGACUGCGUCGACCGGUGGCUGGCGCUGUACUGCCGGCGGAGGACGUGCCCGCUCUGCCGCCUGCACGUCGGCGGCGCCGUGGUGGCGGCCGCGGCCGCGGGGCUCGACGAGCUCCAGCUCGGCGACGACCUCGUCAUCUGGUUCUCCUCCCUCUUCGUCGCCGGUUUUUAGUUGCAAAUCCAUUUUAAUUUGUUUUUCCACCCUUUUUUCCCCUUACGAGAAUGAUUUUUUUUUGCUUUUCUUCGUUUUUUCUCCCUAUUUCCGGCCUAUGAGAUAAAAAUGUAGACUGCUUUUUUUAAAUUAUUUUUUACUUUGUUGUUUUCUCCUCUCUCUGCUGACGAGAUAAAAUGCCGACCUCUACCUGGCCUGGUUGUACAGCACAACGGCAUUUUAGCUCCUUGCAAAUUAUUUCUGGCUAUGUUAAUUACAUGUUCAGACAGAAUGCAAGUAGUUUCGGAAAUAUGAACAAGCUUGUUGGUGUAGUAAUUGCGCCUUGUGUCAUUGCUCAUCUAGCUACCUUAGGAGUCAAUUA